AACUUAACUGUUAUUUGUACUUCUGUUAUGCCACUUGUAUCGCAUGUUCUCUAUAUUUUUGUUGUAAACACCAGUUGCUUGUUUGUGUACAAAAAAGUUGUACAGUUCACACAUUGAGAAUAUUUUCAAUUUCACUUUGUUUUAACACUCUUUUUGGCUUUGGUGGUUUUGAUUUUGUGAGUCAUGUGUGUAUUUUUAAUUUUAAAUAAAAAGCUAUUUUUGAUUAGUGAAAAGAUGCUGGAGGCUCAUUAUCCUUUAACCAGGCCCAUAUAUUCCGUUUAAUUUUGUAUUUGCAUUUUAGUGCUCAUAAUCAUAGAUAGAGAUCAACCUACAGUACAUAACCCUCGAUUCUUCAAUUCACAGAUUAUUCCUAACCUCGCAUGACAGAAAAUUGAUCCAACGGUUAUCAUAGAAAUUUGGGGUGAUGGUCUUUUUUUGACUUUGGCCAAUAAACAACCAGGGGCCGGUUGCAUAAAACUGUUUUAGACUAGUCUUACUAGUUAGUCGUCUAAAAUGUUUGUCUUAAUUUUUUCAGUCAGUUGCAUAAAAACUUAGAUCAGUCUAAUUUAAGACCAAAAUGUAAGACAGCACACCCCUAGGCUAACUUUUGUUUACAUUCUAUGUUGCCAUGGAAAAUAACUGUCAGCUGAGCCAGUGGGGGUUGCAGAGGGCUGAAAGGGGCUUGAGUUGAGACUUUGUAGAAGACUUUGACUUCAACGAUGUGGACAACCAGCACAUGCUGCACUACAUCCGGGACAAAACGGCGGUGCCGUACUUUUCCAAUUUGGUCUGGUUCAUCGGCAGCCACGUCAUCGAGCUGGACAAGUGUGUGCAGACUGAUGAAGAACAUAAAAACAGAGGAAAACUAAGCGACCUGGUGGCUGAGCAUCUGGACCACCUUCACUAUCUGAAUGACAUACUCAUCAUCAACUGUGAGUUUCUCAAUGACGUGCUGACCGACCACCUUCUCAACCGCCUGUUCCUGCCCUUGUAUGUGUACUCUCUGGUCAUCCAAGAGCAGUCAGAAGAGCGCAAGAUCAACCCUCAGGUGUCACUCUACCUGCUGUCACAGGUGUUUCUUAUAAUCCACUACCAGCCGCUGGUGAACGCACUGGCUGAUGUCAUUCUGAAUGGAGACCUGUCCGUGUUCUCUAUGCAGACAGAGCAGACUGCUCACAAGAGUUCAAGCAGUGCUGGUGUGCGUCGCUUUACCAAGCCACCAGAGAGUCUGGAGCGUUCACUGGAGAUGAGUCGUCAACGCGGGAGGAAGAGGGCCCAGAAAAGACCCAACUACAAGAACGUGGGAGAGGAAGAUGAGGAAGAACGGGGAUCAGAGGAGGGGCCAGAUGAAGAGAAGGCUAAAGGUACAGAGGCUAGUUCAAAGGCCAGCAGGACAAGUGGGGACAAGGAAGAGAUUGAGAUGGUGGUGAUGGAAAAAUGUAGAAUCUCAGAAGUGUCCACGUUAACAGAACAAAACAUUACAGAUGAGGAGAAGAGUGCCGCUCGAUCAGAAGGCCAGAAGAGCAGACCCUUCCUGGACAUGUUCUAUAAUGCAUUGGACUGUGACACAGAGGAUUACAAGGCUCUGUUUGUGCUUUGUCUCCUGUAUGCCGUGUCUCACAGUAAAGGUAUAAACCCAGAGCUCUUGGAGAAGAUCCAGCUGCCUGUGCCAGAUCAGGAGAGGAGAUCUUACAGUCAGGUUUUAGUGGAGAGAGUGAUCCGAAUCAUGAGCCAAGCUGCUCAGCCGGAUGGAAAGGUGCGCCUUGCAACUCUGGAGUUGAGCUGUCUGCUUCUGAAACAGUCUGUGCUUUCUGCCUCUCAAUGCAUUAUAAAGGAUGUUCAUUUGGCCUGUUUGGAGGGUGCUCGAGAAGAGAGUCUUCACCUUUUGAGGCGGUUUUAUAAGGGGGAGGAGAUAUUCCUGGACAUGUUUGAGGAUGAAUACAGGAGCAUGAUGAAUAAGCCCAUGAAUGUGGAGUAUCUUAUGAUGGAUGCAUCCAUUUUACUUCCUCCCACUGGCACUCCCCUUACCGGCAUUGACUUUGUGAAGAGACUGCCCUGUGGAGACGUCGAGAGGACACGCAGGGCUAUCCGUGUGUUCUUUAUGCUACGCUCGCUGUCUCUACAGCUGCAGGGAGAACCAGAAACUCAACUUCCUCUUACCCGACCUGAGGAUCUCAUCAAGACCGAUGAUGUCCUUGACCUUAAUAACAGUGAUCUUAUUGCUUGCAUGGUAGUGAGUAAAGAUGGGCUUCAGGCCCAGCGCUUCCUGGCUGUGGACGUGUACCAGAUGAGUCUGGUGGAACCCGAUUCCAAGCGUCUGGGUUGGGGUGUUGUCAAGUUUGCUGGCCUUCUGCAGGACAUGCAAGUUUCAGGGGUGGAAGAUGACAGCAGGGCUCUGAAUAUAAUCAUUCAUAAGCCUACAUCUAACCCCCACGCCAAGCCUGUCCCCAUUCUGCAGGCCAACUUCAUCUUCGCCGACCACAUUCGCUGCAUCAUCGCCAAACAGCGACUGGCCAAGGGCCGCAUCCAGGCCAGACGCAUGAAAAUGCAGAGGAUAGCAGCUCUGUUGGACCUUCCUGUUCAGCCUUCCACUGAGGUGCUGGGCUUCAGCCAGCCAUCUGUUGCAUCGUCUCAGAUGCCUUUCCGUUUCUAUGACCAGUCCAGACGAGGCCCAGUCUUUGCGUCUGUUGAUAAAGUUCCAGGUUUUGCUGUUGCUCAUGUUGCCCAGCACAGCACCACACCUGCCUCUUCCUCCUCAACCCCUUCUAGUGGCGGCACUGGACCCUGCGACUCGCUUACAACCAGCAGUGUGUCCACAAACACUGUCACACAGAAUCAAACAGGACUCGCCUUGGCACCUAGCCUCACUCCCACGCCACAGCCCACCAUCUCUCUCCUGUCUGACAACGAUGCCGAGACGCUAAGUGUAGACUCCCUGACCCUGCUGCCUCCUGCCGACCCACCUCGCCUGCACUCCUUCAGCACCCAGUCCUCCGUUCAGGACGAUGCAUCUGUGGACGGGGAUAAUACAGUGGCUGCCGUCCAAAUGGAAGAUGGAAGCACGGGGGCAGCAGAUAAACAGCAUCAAAAGGACAAGAAGGACGUUUCAGUCAUACUUGAAGAACAUGAACCAUCUCCUGAGUCUGGACCAUCUGAAUCUGAGCCUCUUAGUGGUGAUUCAAGGGAGGAACCCAUGAUUCAGCCCAAGACAGAUAAACUUGACCUGGAGGAGGAGACAGCCAUAGACUGAUAGAUCUAAUCCAAAACAGCCCUCAGACUGGAGAACAAUAGUACAAAAACUCAAAGGCUGAACGUUAAAAUUUGGGCCAGAUUAUUAAAGCAAGAAAUACGUUUUAUGUCAGUUAGUCUGUGCUGUUUCAGUAAUAUGAAUUAAGCAUGACUGAUUUCUCGCACAAUAACUCGUUGUGUUCUGGUUUUGCACAAGCUAGUAAAGCUAGUUUGCACAUGCUUUUGGCAUUAGUGAUUCAGGCCCAAGUUUAAUCUUUAUGUAGGCAACCUAUUGUGCCAACACCUUAUUCUGUUGAUUUAUUAAAUAUAUAUUAAAUCCAUUAUAGACAGACUAUUUUUUUAACCAUUAAUUUAGCGGUUCCAAAUUGUUAUGACCCAGUUGUACUUUGCUUUAUAUUUAGACCAUGAUGAAUUUAAAAGGACAGUAGCAUUCUCCUAAGUCAGUGACAUUACUGAUUGUCACGAGUUCUGCUAUAAGCACAGCAUUUUUCAGUGUGUAUCAUUCUUUCUGGGAUGGGGCUGAAAGAGUUCCUGUUCCGGUGUGUGUGUGUGCGCGUGCGUGUGUGCGUGUGUGCGUGCGUGCGUGCGUGCGUGCGUGUGGGCAGGUUUAAGUGGUUUACGAGGACUUUUUUUAGGUUACAAACUGGUAAUUACAAGGGUAUUAUGCUAUAAAUGUGGUUUAUGAGGACAUUUCUAGUGUCCACAUAAUUUAAAUUGCUUAAACAUCCUAAAUGAUAUUUUAUUAUAAAUGUAAAAAUGCAGAAAGUUUUUUGUGAGGGUUAGGUUUAGGGUUAGGGUUAGGGGAUAGAAUCUAUAGUUUGUACAGUAUAAAAAUCAUUGUCUAUGGAGAGUCCUCAUAAUGAUAGCUGCACCAACAUGUGUGUUUGUGUAUUUGUGGUUUUAUUAUACUCAGCAGAAGGAGACGAAAGGAUGUGUUUAUAUAAAUAUUCAUCUGAGUGGGUUAGUGGGGAAUGCCCGCUUGAUUUUACCAGUCUUAACACUGAGGAAUGUACAAAGACUUCUGGGUCUAUCCAGCGGUGCUGUUUUCUGAAGGUAUAUUUCAUUUUGACUGAACAUUCAUUUGCACUUUAACAGCGGGUUUUAAAAAAAGCCUUUGGUCUUAAUCCUUGGAGAUUUUGAGGAAAAUGUAUGCUUAACUAAACUCUUCUUUUAAAGAAUCAGUUUGUUUAAAACCAUUCACAUCAUUAGUGCUGAAAUACCCUGAUCGUCUGAGGUUUAUCCAAACAAGUCUACUUUUGCUGAACCUUUUUGUAUUAAAAAGCUGAGUCAUGCAUGUCAGUCACAUUUUAAAGUGAGUUUUUUUUUCUUUUUGUCUUGUAAAGGAGCAUGAGGUCAUUUAAUAAAGUGAGUUCCAUUCCUACACGUUUGUCACUGCCACUUAAAAAUACCUUCACUUUAUGUUCUGGAACAUUCUGGAAUCUGCAGACACAGAGUGAAUAAACCUGUUCUCUUUUACGUAUGUUUUAUAUACUUGGAAGUGGCCUCUGCUUAUUUUCAAGCUGUGGCGAGUUUUAAAGUUAAUCCUUUAAUACACUUAAUAUUCUAUAGAUCAUCAUGAGCUUGUGCUGGGCACACAUAGUCAAAGCUAGAUGUGAUGUAUUUGUGGUAACAAUUUUACUUUGGUGUGCUAUAACUUAUAUGAACUCAUUUAUUUCACUUACAGAUUCAAGCAGUUUGAUUACUAAUGGACUGAAAUUGAAAAUUAAUUUUUGGUUUCUAGAUAGCAAGACAUAGAAAGGGGCGGGCACAUAUUAUUUUUCAUUGCUGCAGAUGCAAAUGUGUGGUAGCUAUGACUGGGUGCUUCUCUCUGCUAGAAAAACACCCAAAUUGAGUUUGUAAAAUUAUUAAAGCAAUACAAUUAAUUCUGCUUAUUUCAGUAUUUUGAGGUUAAAUUAAUUAUUGAAAUGGAUGCGAAGGGCAUCAAAAUGUAUUGGAUUGUACAGAGUGUAUAGCUUUCUUUUGAUCUGUUAAUUUACCAACAGGAAAUAUCAAGGUCAUGCAAUAAAUUAUUCUGAUGUAGA